GAGAACGCUUUUAUGAUGGAUAACGGAGGAUUUGGAGAAAGUUCAAGAUGGACAAAUACACAUAAUCUUCCAUUUCACCAUGAUCCACAACAUCCUGAUAACUAUGGGCCUCAACAUGGUCAACAGCAACCGAAAUUACAGCAACCACAAUUGCCUGAAUUUCAAUCUUCCGAACCUCUUAUUAAGGUCGAGAAUUCUGAAGAACAUCAUAUAACUGAUUGCUCUCCAAAAAAGUCACCUUCACUGUCAACGAAUAAUGAUUGUGGACAAAAUAAUCAAUCUCACGAUUGUCAACUUUUUCCAAUUUCCAAGAAAGAGGAAGAGAUUGUGGAGGCAACAAUGGAAAGAGAACGAGUAACUACAUUAAAUAUUAAGGCUGAAAAAACUUGCACAGACUCAGCUUUUAAGAAAUAUAAGGAAUUGCUUUUGGGGGGGCUGGAUCGUCCAGUGUUUAUUAGAGAGGCAGAUGCACCAAACCUUUCUGAACUCCAAAGAGUCGUUCUGGAGUUGCUGUUUAUUUAG